AUGAGAGUCAAGUCGAAACGGUCCAAAGUGAUCUUUCAAGAUUUUAGAGCCUUGUCCACCCAGCACCACCCGAGGAGUAAGGAUGAGAAGGACUUUGAAAGCGGCAAGCCCAGGAAAAUGACAUCCGUUGCAAAUGCCAUACCCAAAGCUCUGGAGGAACAGGUGGAGUUGAUACCGCGCGAUAGACUCGAGCAACUAAGCCUUCAGGAAAAUAGGAUAGCUAGCAACAGCAUAGACGAUUUCCCAAUACCAGAAUUGUUCACAUCCUUACCCCCUAUUAAGGACCCAUUAGUCACAGACACAUCUCUUUCACAAGACGACACAGCCAGACACUGUCUACCACUUCAUGCUGGCACCAGCCGAAGCUUUUUCGAUCUCAACACACAAGGCAUUCCUAGACUGAACCAAGAAGACCAUGUUGAGUUCCUCAAUGAUACCAUUCAGAAAGCAAAGUACAUACCCUACGAUGCUCUCCGGCCAUGGGUUGUUUACUGGUCUUUAAUUGGCCUCAGUGUACUUGGUGAAGAUUUGGAGAAAUGGCGAGUCAGGGUCUUGGAAACCUUUUCACCCAUGCAGAAUCCAAGUGGAGGUUUCGGUGGAGGCCAUGGCCAGACAUCGCAUGCUGCCGCUUCUUAUGCUGUCGUCUUGAGUCUUGCCAUGGUCGGUGGUAGCGAGAGCUUGGACAUGAUUGAUAGGCGGGCUUUAUGGAGAUGGCUUGGCGAGCUAAAGCAAAGCGACGGUGGUUUUAGAAUGAGUGUUGGUGGAGAGGAAGAUGUACGUGGCGCAUAUUGUACAAUGACCAUCAUUUCCUUACUUGCAUUACCUCUCGAACUUCCACCGAAUGCUCCUGCGAGAGCAAGUGGAUUCACCUCAUUUUUGGAUGGACUACCGGAAUACCUAUCUCGUUGCCAGACAUUCGAAGGUGGUGUAUCUGGUGCUCCACAGACCGAAGCUCAUGGCGCAUAUGCAUUCUGUGUACUUGCAUGCUUGUGCAUUCUCGGACCCCCACACGAAAAGAUUCCGAAGCAUCUGAAUCUACCAUUACUAAUAUCUUGGCUCUCUGCGCGACAAUAUGCACCAGAAGGCGGUUUCUCUGGUCGGACAAAUAAACUUGUGGAUGGAUGCUAUAGCCACUGGGUUGGCGGCUGCUGGCCCCUGGUCGAAGCAGCUCUGAAUGGACCUCAGACAUCGACUUCGAUUAGGAAGGCGAAGAUCUCGAGUCUGUACAGCAAAGAAGGGUUGACCCGAUACAUGUUGUCCUGCUGCCAGGAAGACAGUGGGGGCUUGAGAGACAAACCUAGCGCAUACCCCGACGCAUACCAUUCGUGCUAUGUAUUGGCAGGCCUAAGCUCGACACAGUAUUACAACUACUUCACUGGGGAUUCUGAUGAGGCGAAGACCGUUGACUCACUGGACUCGGCUCUGCGGUGGAGUUCGUUAGCGAUAUCUCCCGGACAUGAGAGCGGUACUGGGAGGCCUGUUGAUGCAGAGAAUCAGGUGGAACCUUUGCAUCCAAUUUUCGUGAUUCCGUGGGCCGCUGUAGACCGAUGUUUCCAACAUUUUAGCCAGAAGACGGGAUUUUGA